UCCAAUAUGGUUCUUACACAAACAAAGUAGUCGGCGAAUUGUUUAACAAAUCAAAUAUGUAUUGUGAUUUUAAUGAUAGUACAUAAGAAAUGAAGUUAUUUGUUAGUUAUAUGCCUUAAUUAGUGGUGAUUUGUAAUCAUUACAAAGAGUGGAUCCUUGUAAAAGACUAAAUUUAAGGCGCCAUGAUAUGCCAAGCCCAUUAUCCCUAUGUAUUUUUGCUUUUUUAUUUAUUUUUGACAUACGGAAUAGUAACAAGCAAUCCUAUAGAUGAAGAAGAUAAGGAGUUGAACAUAACUGUAGAAGUACUUAAACAUGAAUUACCCAAUCAGUUACCCUUAGGUGACAAUAUUACCAUUAUUUGUAAAACCAAGUGGAUGUCAAGUGAAAUGAUGUGGACUUUCAAUGAUACAAAUGUAUCAGAUCUACCAGGAUUUAAAUUGGAAAUGGAAAGUGAAAACAUUAAUAAAGAAUCUGGUAAUAAGUUUGAGGUCUCCAUUUUACAUAUAAUUAGCAUUGACUUCAACCAUGUUGGUAAUUAUAAAUGUCAUGCUAUGAUCAGAAAUGAGACCACUCCUGAUAUAGACUUUCGCCAGAUUUUCUUAAAUGUCACCCUACCUAGCAAAAUAGUACAAAUUUCAAAACCUGCUUACACAAAAAUACAUGACACUGUGGAACUUUUCAGUGUUGUCCAAGGUUAUCCAAUUGAAGAGAUCAGAUGGUUAAAAGAUAAUGAACUUUUAACAGAUUUUAAAUGGGAUGUUAAAGAUAUCAAUAUAACACACAAAAACACAUCCCUUAAGUUUGAGGUGUCAAAAAAGGAUAAUGGAACAUAUACCGUAGUAGUAAUAACACCAACUUCCCAAGCUAAAAAUUUUACAGAUGUCCUAGUUCUUGACAAACCACAGGUUACAUUAGACUUUAUCAAACCAAUUGGGAUUAAUAAAAUUUACUUUAACUGGACUGUUAAUGAUGGCAAUAGUCCAGAUGAUCUAAAAUAUAUAAUACAAUACAAAUCUGAAGAAGACAAGGAAUGGGUGUACUAUCAAGCUAAUGUGAAUGCGACUAGUACUUCUUUAGUAGUCACAGUGAGAAAUAAUUCAGGAACCCCAAACAAAAAUUCAUCAUAUACAGUAAGAAUUAUGGCCAAAAAUUCCCAAGGUGAAAGUAUGUACUCUACCAGUAAUUUAGUAAAACUUCUUGACGAGGAACCAAUCGUAGUUCCAGAAGUAACUGUUACCGGAGUAACUUCUAGCUCUAUCACAAUAAAAUGGACACCACCACCAGAAAAAUUCAAAGAUCACAUCCACUACUACCAACUCAUCUUAAAAUCAUAUAACACACCCGAAAAAUUUGAAGCUGUUCAACCUGCUAUAAAAGAUUACCUUUACAUGUUCUCAGAUCUAACCUCUGCAACGACUUAUAAUUUUCAAGUUGCUGCCUGCAAUGACUACAGUAAAGAGUGUGGACCAUUGUCAGAAAUAGUAAAUGGUACCACUAUGGAUGGUAUUGCAGGCCCUCCGUCUCAUGCCUCUGUAGAAUGUAGAUUUGAUAAUAUAAGUCAUACAAAUUUUGUUUUUGUCUCUUGGCAACCUCCUGCUGAACCACAUGGAACCAUCACAUCAUACAGUGUAACCUUGGAAGGUUCAGCAGUGUUCUUAAAUGACCAGGGCCAAUCAGAAAACAUCACUUGGGGUCCAAAGUCUACUAGUAUAGGUGAAAUGACCUUAAACACUAGGUUUUAUAAUGUAUCUGCAAACACUAAUUAUACUGUUAGAAUAUCAGGAGUCACUCGUUUGAGAAAAAAUGGACAACUGGUAACACUCAAUUGUACAAUGCCUCCAACACUGCCUGAUAAGCAAAAACUUGCUAGACUACAUUGGAAGAAGAUGGAGGAACAAGGAAAGUGGAUGUUUAAAUUGUUUGUACCCAGGGUAUCUGAAAGAAAUGGACCUAUAUGUUGUUAUAGAAUAUAUUUGGUUAGAAUGGAGUCUCAACAAAAAUUAUCUGACUUAGCAAAUCCCGAAGAUUUAACAAUAAUGACUUAUCAAGAAGCUCACCGCACACCUAGGGGAGGUGCAUAUGUAGCAGAAAUGUUUACAAGUUCUAGCUUCCACAAUGAGAUAUUCCUGGGAGAUGAGCAAGUUUACAACAGCUCGAGCUCUCAAUGUGAUGAAUGUAUAGGUUUAAGACCAUUCAAUACGCCCAGAGAAGAAAAAAUAAAAAAUUCUACUAAUCUAGCUAACAGAGUAAGGAGGAAUGAAGUACUGCUUGAUCCUUUUCCACCAUGUGAUGGUACACUUGAUAUAAAUAGUAACUACACUGGAUUUGUUGAAGUAAUAGUACAUGGAGAAUCCCAGCCUCUAUUCUUGGCAGCUUACAGCAACUAUUUAGACAUGAUGAACCCAGGGCCAGAAGUGGUUGCAGCGCCAACUACAGGAACAUUAAGUCUAAUUGUCCAAAUUUUAUGUGCAUUGGUUGUUGUUAUACUUAUCCUUUUGGGUGCAUUGUGUAUCUUACAUCGUUAUACUAAACAAGCACAUGCACAAGCCGUCGAGAUGAUCACGUUCAGAACUUCGUUAAGGAGCCUUAGGGGUCGCCAGAGAUUGGUUUCCCUUAACCCACCAGAUAUGUGUCCAAUCAGUAAAGCGGACUUGGUUUCGGCCUACAUCGAGCAUCAUCGAGAUUCAGAUUAUGGCUUCCAACAAGAAUUUGAGCUACUACCUGAUAGAUUUUCUGACAGAACCACUAGAGCCUCUGACGCACGGGAAAAUGUAUACAAAAACAGAUAUCCUGAUAUAAAAUCCUAUGAUCAAACCAGGGUAAAGCUGUCACAGGUGGAUAGUAUUGCUGGAUCCGACUACAUAAAUGCCAAUUAUGUUAUGGGUUAUAAAGAAAGGAAGAAAUUCAUCUGUGCGCAAGGGCCUAUGGAUACUACUGUUACUGAAUUCUGGAGAAUGAUUUGGGAACAACAUCUUGAACUGAUCCUUAUGCUCACUAAUCUAGAAGAAUACAGCAAAACUAAAUGUAGCAAGUACUGGCCUGAUAAGACAGAUGGAGACAAGAUUUUUGGGGAUAUUACAGUUGCUCAUUUACAAGAAACAAGAUAUUCCGAUUACAUAGUUAGAGAACUAAAAAUACUUAGAUCAAGCCAUGGGAAAGAACUAGAAGAAAGAAAUAUUACUCAGUACCAUUACUUGGUUUGGAAAGAUUUUAUGGCUCCUGAACAUCCCAAUGGUAUUAUCAAAUUCAUUAAAAGAGUUAAUGAGGCUUACUCUGUUGAAAAGGGUAGUAUUUUAGUCCAUUGUAGUGCUGGUGUUGGCAGAACUGGUACAUUAGUCGCUCUAGACUGUUUACUUCAUCAGUUAAAGGAAGAGGGACAUGUUUCUAUUUUUAAUACGAUAUGUGAUUUAAGGCAUCAGAGGAACUUCCUAGUCCAAUCUUUAAAACAAUAUAUUUUUAUUUACCGUGCUCUAAUGGAGGUUGCUCAAUAUGGUGAUACAGAAAUAAACGCCAAUGAAUUGAAAAAUACAUUGGAUAAAUUAAGACAAUGUGAUAAUGGCAAAACCAAAUGCAGACUAGAAGAAGAGUUUGAAAAUAUUAUUCAUGCUUUUGAAGACAGAAAGUCUUGUUCGGUAGCUAGCGGAGAAGAAAACCGGGAGAAAAAUAGAUGCGAUAGUAUCAUUCCAUAUGAUAGAAAUAGAGUAAUACUUACACCUUUGUCAGGCAAAGAACAUUCCACUUAUAUUAAUGCUUCGUUUAUAGAAGGAUACGAUAAUAGUGAAUCGUUUAUUAUCACACAAGAUCCCCUUGAAGGAACGAUCAACGAUUUUUGGCGAAUGGUUUCUGAACAAGGAAUUAGCGUUAUAGUUAUGAUUUCAGAGGUUGGUGAAGGGAAAUGUCCUAGAUACUGGCCGGAAGAAGAAGCCCAUUACGACCAUAUACAUGUUAGAUAUGUUCAAGCAGAAAGUUGUCCAUAUUAUACGAGACGGGAAAUGAUUAUAAAGAGUAGAGAUGGGGAGGACCAAAAAGUAACGCAUUUACAAUAUCAUGGAUGGCCCACUGUAGAUGGAGAGAAUCUAUCUCGUCUCCUCUUGCCGCCCAUUUUCACAAUUAAUUUCACAUUCCUGCAACAAGGUGCUUCCAUUGAGACUUCUUUCCAGGUACCUGAAGUGACAAGGGGACUUAUUGAACUUGUGGACUUUUCCCAGGCAGUUUUAGUGAAAAAUGGCUGUUCUCCUUCUAUGGUUGUUCAUUGUAAUUUAGGAUCUGACAGGAGUUCAAUGUUUGUUGGGCUCAGUAUACUUGUACAGCAACUAAGGACUGAAAGACGAGUCGAUGUAUUUACCAUUACUAGAAAAUUAAGGUCACAACGACAGGCUAUGAUCAACUCAUAUGCACAGUACGAAUUUCUUCAUCGAGCAAUUGUAAAUUACGCAGAACUCCACGGACUUUGUGAAAUAUAAAUACUGAAGAUUUGUGCCAUAUAACUUCUAUAUUUCAUUCCAAAUACCAUUAUUGGUCUCACUGAUAUUAAGUAUUUUUAUAUAAGUAAUUUAUAUAAUCUAGGAACAUUGUAAAUUAGCUGAAAAACGUUUUAUUCCUAGUUGAAAGCCAAAAUAUUUUGUUUAAAACCAAAGGCAAUUGACUGUAAGGUUUGUUUUGAGCAAUAACCGUUUUCGAGUAGAUCUUUAAAAUUCUUAGCUUGUGCUCAAAUUUCGUACUGCCAUACACAUAUAAAUAUCUCUCUGAAAUGAAUGUUAAACUAUCUAUAACUCACUUACUCAUUUUAUGAUGCCUUAUUUAUUUAUACAAUUGAAUUUUCAACUUGAAAAUUGUCGUAAAAUAGUCAUAGCUACAUAAUAUAGAGGGUGUUUCAUUAAGAAUGUCCAAUCUGUGAGUUGUACAUUCUAGAUCUCAAAAUAUUAAGAUUUAACCCAAAUCAUUUAAAUAAAAUGUGGCUCCUUACUGAGUUACAGGGUGUUUUAUUAAAAAAUUUAAUAACUAUUUUUUCUCAGUAUUUUAAAACUAUUUGACGUAUCCUUUUCAUACUUGGCACAAAGUAUAGGUACUUACACCCUAUGAAAUUAUGUUAAAUAAACGUUUCUGGCUAUUACCAGAGGCGUACGACAGGGGACUGAAUGGUUCAUCCUUCCCAAAUUCUACGCCACUUGCAGAAUUGUCAUUUUAGCGCAAUUUUUCGAUUCUCCAAUAUAUUUAUGUAAAUAACAUACUCUUCACUCGUAACGAUAACGUAAUUAGUUUUCGAGUUAUUUGAAGUUAAACAUAUAACGGCACGGGUAUUUUGAUUAAUGUAUUGUGUCGCUUAAUUUUAAACUUCAAAUAUCUCGAAAACUAAUGACUUUAUCGUUACGAGUGAAGAGUAUGUUAUUUACAUAGAGAGUAUUGGAGAAUCGAAAAAUUGCGCUAAAAUGGCAAUUUCAUCAGUGGCGUAGAAUUUGGGAAGGGUCAACCAUUCCCUGUCCCCUGUCGUACGCCUCUGGUAAUAGCCAGAAACGUUUAUUUAACAUAAUUUCGUAGGAUGUAUAUUACCCACACUUUAUGCCAAUUAUGAAAUGGAUACGUCGAAUAGUGCUAAAAUACUGAGCAAAAUUAGUUUUUAAAUUUUUAAAUAAAAUUCCCGGUAACUUCGUAAGGAGCCAUAUUUUAUUUAAGUGAUUUGGGUUAAAUCUUAAUAUUUUAAGGUCUAGAAUCUACAACUCAGAGAUUGGACGUUCUUAAUGAAACACCCUGUAUAUAUUAAGGAUAAAUUUGAAAGAAAAAUUAGAUUCUUCCUAGUUCCCAGUUGGACCAAACGUUACAUAAUAUAAUAAAUAACAGUAGAUAAAACCAUGUAUCUAACUAACUCUGCAAGAAGAACAGUGUUAAAAAUUAGAACCGGCUCUUAAAUGUUUGGAUAUAAUAUGUAUAAGGAAUAUUGAUUAAAAGUUUCUUUUAAUUUGAAGAUUGAAUAGAUGACAAAAUAUUCCUCAAUGAAUUUUAAGCAAUUGAUGAGCACUAACGAAUUGUAAUUUAUCGAAUACUUUAGUCGAAUAUUUGGUCUAAACUUACUUUUUUAAACUAAAGAUUGUGAUAUGUGUAUACAAUUUUUUUGUUAAAUAGGCAAACAUUCGAUAAAGUUUCUUUGUAUUAUUCUUUAUUAUCGCUAAUUAAUUAAUAUUGACUGUGAAUUCAGUGAAUAAUAUAAUUAUUUCUGUAUUUUCAAUGUAUCCACUGACAGGAAAAUAUGCAUUUUGUCUAAAUAUUUUGAUGUUCUAAAGGUGCCUGCCUCUCUUCUUAUGAUGUUAAGGACCACAUUGACCCAUCUUAUUAUAUUCACUGCAGCUCGAAAUAGAUCAGUUGACAUUAGUUCAUUCCAUUUUCUAGUUCAAGUAACAGCAAAAUGAAUAAGAGCAGUUGGGAAAAAAGAAAAAUUUGCAAAUCGGUCGGGUAUUUCUAUCAUUGUUGCGUUAUUUUUGUUUAAAUAACGUUUACUAUCGUUAAAAUUUCUCCCACUUCAACCAGUGAACCCGAAUCUUACACUACUAAGUAUGUAUUACAUAAACUAAUAAUUUCAUAUAGAUUAGUCUUGUAUAUCUGAACACAAAGAAGUGCUUUCUGUUCGGAGAUUACACGCUGUAACUGCUUCAGAAAUUAUCAAAGAUCAUGCACAAGUAACCAUAGAAGUUCUACAAUCUAACAUCACAAAAUACCUGCUGCUUGAAAUGUUUUGUCUUUGACAUCCUUCAACGUAUCCACAUCACAUAUUAAACUCUUGAUCUCAUUAUAAACAUGAAACAAUAACCCGCGUGCUUGACUUUUAUUAAUUGAUAUGAGUUUUGUUACUUCACUGAAGGGAAGGUAUUUCUAGAACUAUUAUUUGAUAAGUAUUAUUUUAAUAUUAACCCUUUCUAUGUAUGACACGGGAUGAAUCGCCAGUGGAAGGAAUGUGAUAACUAUUCGAAGCUAACAAAAAUAUUUAAAUACAGCACUGAAUUUAAAGCAUUUUCUAAGGACAUUCAUUUCAGAGAUAUCAAGUUUUAACACUAAAUGCUCUCUAAUUGUAUCUUACUCUAUGGUUUUUAUAACUUUUGACACUUUAAAACACUAAUACAGUGAUGAUUAGAAUCUCUUAUACGUCACAAUUAUACUAAAUCAAGUUACAGUAGAACCUCUAAAGUCGAGCAUCGCGGAUUUUCAACUUAGGCAGAUGUUGAUUCUACAUACAGAGGUUGAGAUUCAUUCGUACUAGGUCCACGUCAUCUGCAUAUGCCAAAAUUUGGGAUCAGUUAUUAAAAAUAUUUCCUCUGUUGUCUAUUCGGGUAUCUCUGACCGCCUUUUCCAGAGCUAUGUUGAAGAAGAGACUCGCCAGCGGAUCUCCCUGUCGCAGCCCAACAUGCGUUUCAAACGCCUGUGAUUGUUCGCCCUGUAUUUCGACUUUGCAAACAACUUUACGCAUUGUAGCCUUAACCAAUCUUAUCAGUGUAUCAGGGAUGUGGAAUUUAUCCAUGGCUUCAUACAAUUUAUUUCUUAAAACACUAUCAUAGGCCGAUUUAAAAUUUACGAAAAUAUGGUAUGAGUCGAUAUUGAAUUCAUUGGUUUUUUCCAGUAUUUGCCUUAGCACAAAGAUCUGGUCUGUUGUUGAUUGACCACGCCUAAAACCACUUUGAUAUUCUCCAAGAAGUUCCUCUGAAUGUGCACUUAGGCGACUAUAUAAGAUACUCGAAAAUAUUUUGUAGGCUCUAUUAAGGAGGGUUAUUCCCCUAUAUUUUCUACAUUCCAAAAACAACAUAUUAGAAAUAACAAAACAAAUUGUAGAUAUAAAAUUGAGUCCUAAAUAUAAAAUUAAUUCAGUUGGAUCAGCUAUUAAUUUAUAUGGGUUUAAAGAUUGUCACAAAAUAUUUGUCAUGUCCGUGGACCUACAUUAUGUUACAACAAAUUACCACAAAUUUUUACCAGAUGGCGAGGCAAGCAUAAAACCAAACAAAUUGUUGAACGCAUCAGUGAAGUUAUUUCAAUAGGCAUUUUGCGUAUAGAGUGAUUUGUUUGGUCAAAUCUGUUUCGUCAAGACCUUUUGUCACAUCUGUGGAUCCUUAGAAAAGUAGGUGUAAUUUUAGAUUUAGAUUUGAGGACCACACUGUAACUAAAAUAUACAAAACUUAUUAUAUACAUACCACAGUACAAAUAUUUUCUAAUCUCAAAAAUGUGAUGUGCAGAUUGUUAGUAAAGUGUUUUUCGUCACGUCCGUGGAUUCUUGUUUUCCAAUAGCGUGGCAGAAUAUCCACGGGCGUAAUUUAUUUUACAAGUAACAUAUUUUAUUUUAAAACAGACAAAGCUGAUUAUAUUCCACAGCCAAAACAUUUCCUAACCUCAAAAUAGUGAUGUGUAGAUUGUUAGUAACGUGUUUUUCGUCACGUCCGUGGAUUCUUGUUUUCCACGGACGUAGCAGGAUAUCCACGGACAUGAUUUAUUUUGCAAGUAACAUAUUUUAUUAAAACACAAUAAAAAAGGAAAGGUUAACUUAGUUUAUUGCUGACUUAAUAUAAAAUUAAAUAAUGCACAUUAUAUUUUAUGUAUCCUACGUGCAUAGACAUCAGAAAUAAAAAUACUUUGUCAAGUCGGUCACAUCAUGUCCGUGGACUAUACAAUUUUUUUUUUGAAUUUUCGGAAAAAAUACUUUAUAUUUAGCUUGACCUUAUAUUAUUAACGACCUCACAGAGGGUUGAGAUUUCGAGUAAUGGAUGUUUUGAGGCUUUAAGGAAAGGAAACAAAACAUUUUUUCGAGUCUUGGAGGGUUUCGACUUAUUACGGUUUGACUCAAAGAGGUUCUACUGUAUAUACAGUGCUUCAUUCAGGUAGCAAAUAAAACUGUAAUUUUUUAUUUUUCCAACUCACAUGCACAAAUUAGCAACUGGUGUCCUUAUAUAAUUAUAUCAUUGUUUCGUGUAAAUGUAAAAUUUAUUUUUAAUAUCUGAAAUAUCUGGAUUUAUUCUUAUCCGAAGCAUCACACCUUUGAAUAGGUAUCCAUUCGUAUCCAUAUUCGAAUAUUUAGCAAGAGUUUAAUUUUAAAAUGUAUCGAUUUAAUGAAACAGCAGUAAUAUAGAUUGUUGGUACUAGAGAACAAGAUAUUCUGUAUGAAUUAUUAUAUAUUUUUAACAGCUAUCAGGGCGUAAAGUACUUUAAACGAAUUCACAGUGUUAGUGUUGUUUUUGCAAUUUUAAGCAAUCUCAUAUUACUAUCUGCACAAUAUUCAAAUAUGUUAACCAGUUUAUAUAAAGUAAAGAUAAAACCUGUUUUUAAACAUAAGGACCAGUAAAUAGAAUUCGUGUUUGAAACAGUAAAUUUUAGCUGAGCUAAAGCUGAUCUAAAUUUCCUUAACAGGUUCUUCAGAGGUUUCAAUCCUUAUAAUUCCUCAGUUACUAGUCAUCAUUAAAAGGCUGUUUAUAGCAAUCGCCAAAACUGGUGAAUUCUUGACGAAAAUGACGUUUUAUUGUCAGAUAUGUUCAUAGUAUAUCCAUUAGAGAACAACUUUAUGAAGGUAGAAGUCUUUUUCUCUUCUUAUAUGUGAUAGAUUGUAUAUUUCAACAAUUAGUUUAUUCGUUAUAUAUGUCGUUGCUUGAUUAAUUACAAACAGAUAAGAGUUUGUACUCGAAAAAUGUUUUUUUAUUUUCAUAUUUUUUAUUUACUAGUUUUUACGUCUUUUUAUUUGUUUCUUUAGAGAUAUGUUCAUGCUCUUGUUGUAAUUUUUUGAACUAAACUAAGGAGAUUGUGGAGGUUUUACUACGCAUAAACCUCACCGACACAAACAAGUCACACAGGCAAGUUUGUUUAUAAUGAUCGCCAAACCGGGUGAAUUAAUUAUUGACGAGAAUCUAACCAAGUUCAAUAUUGGCUUAUUAUAAUUAUUAAUUUAUUCUUCUAUUUUCUCAUUCUCAUACCAGUUUUGGUUAUUCAAUAUUCUCUUUUAUAAUGUUCCUUUUAUGAGUGUUCUAACUUUUUUUGUUGCUAUACUACUCCUUUUCUGAUUUUUCUAGCUUUUUUGUUCCCAACGACCAAAUAAAUGUCAUGUUGAAUAUCAUUAUAAAUAAACGUUUGAAAAAUAUGUAAAAAUAUUAAUCAAGUAUUAAUGAACUUAAUUAAUUCCAUAGUUAUUACUAGGUACUUGUUUAUUACGUAUUGUGCAGAUAAUAUAUUUUAAUGUAUUAGUUUUUGUGGUUGUAAUGUUAUUCGGUUUACGUAAUAUUUAUUGGCAGUUUAUUGCAACUAUUUUUAUAGAACUGAAAAGAAUUUUCCAGGAUACUUUGUUUUAUAAAUUUUGUUAAGGUUCAACGAGCAGACUAUUUGUGAAUUCAGACAUAUUAUCCGAAAAGGGUUGUGACAUUUUUAAUUGAUAUUUUGAAUAGUGGUAGGAAUUAUUUGAUAAUCAUAGAUCUUUUAUGCGAAGGUCAAAGGAUCUAAUAUUAAAAUUGGGUAUGCUUUUAAUGAUUUUGGCAAAUAUAAUUGCUGUUGAAGUUGUUAUAAAAUUUCUUUAUAUACAGGGUGUAACAAAAAGGUAGGUCAUAAAUUAAAUCGCAUAUUCUGGAACCAAAAAUAGUUCGAAAAACUUAAACUUACUUUAGUAGAAAUCUGCACAUAUAAAAGUUACAGCCCUGUGAAGUUACAAAAUGAAAAUUAAUUUUUUCCGAUAUACCGAAAACUGUUAAAAAUUUUAUAUCGAAAAUGGACAUGUAGCAUUCUUAUGGCAAGAACAUAUUUUAAAAAAAAAUAACAGUGAAGUUUGUGCAUCCCCUAAACAUUUUAUGGGGGUUUUGUUCCCUUAAAGUCCUCAUAUGUUUGUGUACGUUCCAAUUAAACUAUUAUUCUGGUCCUAUUAGUUUAACACAAUGUUUUUAAAACUUUUUUGCAUCUUAGUACUUUUUCGAUAAGCCAGUUUUUAUCGAGAUAUGUUGAACAUUUGUAAAAUCCACCACAUAUUUGUGAAUGGUUAAGUAAGAUUGUAGAGACCUGGUAAUAAUAUGAAAAAUAUUUCAUUUUGUUAGGUACUCGGAAAUUUUGAAACAUAUUAAAAAAGAAGCUGUAUCUCGUUAAAAACUGACAUCGAAAAAGUACUAAGAGACAAAAAAGUUUUUAAAACAAGUACUUUUUCGUUAAGCCAGUUUUUUAUCGACAUAUUUUAAACAUUAGUAACAUCCAAAACAUAUUUUUAAAUGGUUAAAUAAUAUUAUAGAGACCUGGUAUAGUAUUUUUACUACAAA